AUGGAGAAAGGGAAAGGAAAAGAUACAGAUCGAUCAAAGGGAAUACCUGGACAUCAUGCGAGAGUACAAUCCGGUGACAUCUACUUGGACAUCUUUGGGUACCGAACGACACCUAUGAAAACGAUAAUCUUCUAUGCACUCACUUUUUGUACCCUCGGAAUCUUUCGACUUUUGAUGCAUUGGAAAGAAGAAUGGUAUAUCGAGAUGCGAGCCGAAAAGUGCAGUUUGGAUGAAGCGAAUGUCGUUUUUGUGAUUGACGAAAAUCAAACGAUGGUUUAUCGAAGUGUUCAAAUCAUCGAUCAAAAGUCCCCCAAUCAACCACUUUUAUUGCCGAACCGAGACGGGACUUAUAAUGAUGUCGGUCGAAUUCGAUACUUCACUUUUCGAAAGAUGCUCUACGCGUGGUUUGUGGAUGAAGAGAAAUUCAUUCCACCGUCAAGUUUGGACAGUACGGCACCAGUCACUGUAUUCAUCAAUCGAAUGGAGGAUUCCAAUGGGCUAAACACUCAAGAGGUUGAACAACGUCGUAUCACUUAUGGCCGAAAUGUGAUCGAGGUGAAAUUGAAACCGAUUUUGGUGUUACUUUUCAAAGAGGCCAUCACACCGUUUUACAUCUUUCAAGUUUUGAGUGUAUCUCUGUGGUAUUGGGAUGAAUAUCUCUAUUAUGCAUCGGUGAUUGUCAUCAUUUCGGUUGGAUCGUUAACGCUUGAUGUUUAUCAGACAAGAGCUCAAGAGAAAAAGCUUCGCUCGAUGGUGCACUCAAGUGGAGAAGUCUCGGUGCUGAGAGAUGGAGGGACGAUUUCAAUUUUGGAUAGUGGAGAGCUAGUUCCCGGUGAUAUCAUUAUUAUUCCAAAAACGGGUGGCGUGAUGCAAUGUGACGCGAUUUUGAUGACAGGAACGGUGAUUGUGAAUGAGAGUAUGCUCACUGGGGAAAGUGUUCCAGUUACAAAGGUUGCAAUGACGGGAAUUGAUGAGGACAACGCGGCAGGAAACGUUCGAUUCGAUUUCGAGAAACACUCAAAACAUGUGCUAUCCUGUGGAACGAUGGUUCUCCAAACUCGAUAUUAUGGAGGUCAACAUGUGAGAGCGAUGGUCAUUCGAACGGCUUUUUCAACAACAAAGGGGCAACUGGUUAGAUCAAUCAUGUACCCAAAGCCAGUGGACAUCGAGUUUAAUCGUGAUCUAUUGCGGUUCGUCGGUUUCUUGUGUUGCAUUGCGUCGAUCGGAUUCGCGUACACAAUUGGAAUGAUGGUUCAUUAUAACGCUCAAUUCAAAAAGAUCUUCAUUCGAUCACUCGAUUUGGUUACUUGUGUUGUGCCACCAGCUUUACCAGCUGCAAUGUCUGUCGGAAUUAUUAACGCAAAUGGUCGUUUACGAAAAAAGGAUAUUUACUGUAUCUCUCCAUCGGUGAUCAACACUUGCGGAAUGAUAAAUGCUUGUUGUUUCGAUAAAACGGGUACGUUGACGGAAGAUGGCUUGGACUUUCAAACACUUCGACCAGUUCAUCCCUCAUCGAGUAACCGAAAAAUGCCGGAAUUUGGUGAAGAAACGGCUGCAAUGGUGCCAGGUGAAAUGCCAAAAAAUGGAGAAAUCAUCAAAGCGAUUGCUGCAUGCCAUUCAUUGACAAGAAUUGACGGUGUUCUUCAAGGUGAUCCACUCGAUUUGAUCGUUUUCAAUCAGACGCAAUGGACAUUGGAUGAAGGACAGGAAAGUCAAGCAGAAGAAACGACUCAAUUUGAUAAAGUUCAACCAACAGUCGUCCGUCCACCCGUCGAACAUCGAGAAUUUUAUGGAGCCGAUGAAUUUGGAGUCAUUCGACAGUUCACUUUCAGCUCUGCAUUGCAACGAAUGUCGGUGAUUGUUGGCUCUCCAAAUGCUGUUUCUGAUCAUCAAAUGAUCAUUUAUUGCAAGGGUUCUCCAGAGAUGAUUGUUUCAUUGUGCAACAAGGAAACUGUUCCAGCCGAUUAUUUGGAUAUUGUGAACAAAUAUGCCCAACAUGGAUAUCGAUUGAUCUCUGUGGCUUGUCGAACAUUGGAAAUGAGCUUUUUGGAAGCACAAAAGGUACCCAGGCAAGAAGUGGAAAGUGAUCUCGAAUUGUUGGGUUUGGUUGUGAUGGAGAAUCGAGUGAAAUCAGUCACCAAAGGAGUAAUUCGACAGUUGAACAGUGCCCGAAUUCGAACAGUGAUGGUGACAGGGGAUAACUUGUUGACAGCUAUGAGUGUCGCUCGAGAAUGUGGAAUUGUUCGAGCUGAUCGAAAAGCUUAUCUUCUCGAGCAUGUCCCUGAUCAGAAAAACGCUCAAGGAAGAACACUUCUCACCGUCAAAGAGAAUCUUUCGGCUGAUCCAGAUGACUACAUGAAUUUGUUAGAUGGAGAUGAAAAUGAAGUUGAAAAAAUGCUCACUUCAAGCUAUCAAUUCAGUGUUGCUGGUGGAACUUUUGCUGUGAUCACUCGUGAAUAUCCGGAGCUUCUAGACGAUUUGAUGACUGUUUGCGACGUUUUUGCGCGAAUGGCUCCCGAGCAAAAACAGUAUCUCGUGAACUAUCUCCAGACGUUAGAAUAUACCGUUUCAAUGUGUGGGGAUGGAGCAAAUGAUUGUGCUGCUUUGAAGGCAGCUCAUGCCGGAAUUUCCCUUUCCGAUGCAGAGGCCUCUAUCGCCGCUCCCUUCACAUCAAAGGUUGCCGAUAUUCGUUGUGUUCCGACUGUAAUCCGAGAAGGGCGAGCAGCAUUGGUCACAUCUUUUGGUGUCUUCAAGUACAUGGCCAACUAUUCGAUUGCACAGUUCACCUCAGUGAUGAUGCUCUACUAUCGUCUGACGAAUUUGACCGAUUUCCAAUUUCUGUACAUAGAUUUAUUCUUGGCCACGUUUAUUGCCCUGUUUUUCGGAAACACAGGAGCUUGUGAUUAUUUAUCGAAAAUCCCUCCACCAACAAAGUUAUUAUCGAUCGCAUCUGUUGUGAGUGUUGUCGGACAAAUGAUUAUCUUUGCUGCUGCGCAGCUUUUCAUGUUCUUAUGGGUGACCGAACAACCAUGGUAUUUUAUGAAUAUUUUACAAGAAGAUUAUACUGAUAGUGAUCUACGAUCUCAUCAGGGAACCGCCAUUUGGUGCCUUUCUCUAUUCCAGUAUAUUGUGUUAGCAUUUUUGUAUAGUAAAGCGGCUCCAUACCGCCAAACGAUUCUCAGCAAUAAAAUGUUGUGCUUUGCUCUGGUGCUCACCACAGUGGUCUCUCUCUAUGUGACUCUUUGGCCAGCCGGAUGGGUGAUCAGUUUUCUCGAAUACGACCCAAUUCCAUAUUUCGAGGAUCGACUCUUUGUUGUCGUAGUUUCUUGUCUCUGUUGUGGUGUCUCUUAUUUAUUCAACAUGUUCGUCGUCGAGUACUUGAUUUUGCAUAAACUCGAAAAUUGGCGUAAAUUGCGAAAGUUGGCCGAUCCGAAAGCAGUGAUCCCAAAAUGGGAAAGAAUUAUGUUGAGAAUCGGAAAGGACACUUCUUGGAUUGGUCAAUACGCCCAAGUGGAACAUGCUCUGCCCGAGAAAACGCACAAAAAUGGCUUUGCGAAGAAUGGUUUCAACUCGAAAAAGGAAUUGCUGAAUACAAUUGAUGAAUUGUCGUCAAAACUU